AUGAAGGUUCAGCCGAAAAUACCUCUCGCACCGCUGCUGCUAGCAGGCUCCUCUCGGCGCGGCUAUGGAGGUUCUCUUCUUCGGCAAGACUCGAAGUGGACGGCCGAUCAAGUUCCUGCUCGUCUUCUCCGGCGAAGGGUUGCUGAUCGGCUGCUGCUCACUCGUCGAUGGAGGAAGGUGAGGGACGGGUUGCUGCUGAUGCUUACUGUCACCGGCGGGGUCUGCUCGGAGAUUUUCCGGCGAAGAUUGCACGCGGGAAGAAGGCGGCGAGAACUUCUCUCCGGUAGACGUGCGCGAUCGGCUGUGAUGAUUUCCGGCGGAGGAUUGAGAUCGAUGGGUUUUGAAUCGUGA